CUUUAACCUUUGCUCAAAAUGCUUCCAUAGCAAUCCACUCUGCACUUUUUCAACAUGAAAUCAACAUAAUCAAUAACGCUCACUGUAUUGUGCUACAUGGAUGGACAAAGUAUAACUGGAUUUUUACCAACCAACUGGAAACAGGGAAUCAUGGGAAAUAUGCACCACAGUGUAAAUAUGGUUCUGGUUACAUAUUUGUUGAUUGCAAUCUCUGCACAUGCAACUUCUUCAUCAGAUCUCUAUGAUCUCCAUCCUUUGGAAAAAUCAUCAAACACCCAGCAAAAGGACAGUAAUGAAAUAGUGGGGUCUGUCAACGACAAUGGUCAUUUACAUGGCAGAAACAUUGUGAAAUUUCAUAGAAAACUUUUGAUUGAACCUGACGAACAAGAAGGAAACAACACCAGCAUUGAAGUCACAUCCACCUGGCCCUCUGUGCUGGGAGCUUUGACAGCAGUGCUUUGUGUCAGCCUCCUGAGCGCAGUGGCUGUGAAGUACCAUCUCUUCCAGCGCUGUCUGGCCAGAAACAGUCAUGCUUUACUGCUGGAGGGAGACACGGCCAGCCAGAUCAGCCAAGCCGGUGCUCUGGAGGGGGGAAUGCCAGUGCGUGGCAUUAGGGGAAGAAUAAUGCAUGCUAGUGGCGACAGUUCAGAUGAUGAUGAUGGCUUUAUCGAGGACAACUACAUCCAGGCAAAUGAGAGAGAGAAACCUGAGCAAGAGGAAAACCAUCAGGAAGAUAUCCAGGACAGUAAUGAUGAGUUGGUCAUGCCAGACAUGAUAUAAGGUGUCUACUUCUACGUUAUAAUCCUUUAUAAUCAUACAACCGAGAGCAUUUUCUUUGGCUCUUGGAUGAAAGCUCAUAAUACUGGAGUCCACUAAAAGACCAAAGGCCAUCCUGCAAGUGUAUUAGUCUUUGAUCGUAAGGUGGAAGGAUCCGAUAAUUGUCACUUCUUUCUGUUUACAGGAAAUCAAGUUUUUUUAUUUUAUACAACUAUUAUAUUCUAAAGGCACACUUAUGCAAAAUAGGCACACUGUUCAUGUGUUAUAAUGGAAAAAAACUUAAAUGUAUUUUAAAUAAUGUUGUGACUGGAAUGUUUUGUAAAAUAUGAUCAUUACAAUUAUCUUAAUAAGCGAUGAGGAUUGUUAAUUAAAAACAAACAUGUUUGUAUCACCAUGUAUAAGUUACUGUACAUCACCAUAAAUGCUAUUCUAAAGAGUUAUAAAAACUAUUAUUAUUAACAGCUAUUAGCUAAAAUAUUCUAUGAGAAUUAUGACAAUUAAAAGAAGUUCACACUACAUAGCUACAAUAUAUUGCUACACAAAUUGCUUUAUUGCUACAUAUUGCUUCAUACACCAUAAACAAUUAUACUAAAUUUGUGCAACAAAGAUUUUAAUCUGUUUCAUACUUUCAAACUUGUUUAACUAAUGAGAUGUGGUUGGAUAAGCUAUUCUGGAACAACAGACUAUACAGUAUAAGUAGAAAAUGACAAUAACUGAAUGUAGUGUAUAUACUGUAAUUGAUGGUUAAAUUAAUGUAGGGAAUAAACAGAAAGUAUCUGAGGACUCCCAAAAAUGGAAUGCGAGAAACAAGCUUGGAGUGACAUGGAUGGAGAAAACACAUGCAUCCUCAUCUGUUAAUUCUUUGAUUAAAAGUGUCUGCGGUCAUUCUGUCAUUAUUUACUCACCUCAUCAUUUCAACCCCAUUUGAUUUUCUUUCUUCAGUGGAACAAAUAGGAGAUGGUAGGCAGAAUGUUAGUGACUGGAAGCCUCAGUCACUCACUAUUAAUUUUAAUUGAAUACAAAAAGAUGCACUGAAAAUAAAUAUUACUGAGGCUAUCAGUCCUUAUCAUUCUGCAUAAAAUCUUCUUUUGUGUUCCACCGAAGAAAUAAAAUCAUACAGCUUUGGAACAACAUGAGGGUGAGUAAAUGGAUUUUAAUUUUUGAGUAAACUAUUUUAGUAAGCCUUUUUAUUCUAUCAUUUUUAUUGUUUAUGUGUCUUUUAUUUAAUGUUUAUCAUCUGUAAUUUGAAAAUGCUUUCUUUUAAAUACUGUAUGUAUACUUGAACAGACUUGAACAACAAGUACACUUUUGUAAUUGUUGCAUUUAACAGCUCUGCAGUUGUUGUUCAAUUGUCUUAUUUACCUUAUUAGCAGAGAAACUGCUUUUCUUUUUCCACUGUAGGAUGCUUUACUUCAUAUAAAUAGUUCAAGUCAGCAUAAUCUGCAAUGCAAAUUCUAUUCUCUGAAGGGAUACAAGUUGACUCUUUGAAGCUUUGGAGGUCAUAAACUGCAUUGCAAUUUGCAUACUUAUUGUGUACUAUGCAACAAAGUACUUCAUUGAUAGGAUAAUAUAUACUUUAUGAGUA